AUGACAUUUAUGGGGUUAAGCCUAUAUAAGCAACCAGUAUCUAAGUUCACUGUAUAUAUGGUAUAUGUAAAAUCGAUAUAUGCAAAUCCAGUAUUUAAGUUCAUUGCAUAUAUGAUAAGCUACAUAUACCGUAAGUUCUUGCAGAAAGAAUGGGUGAUCUGCAGAGUUUUCAAGAAGAGUUUAGGAGGUAAGAAAGUACACAUCUCAGGACUAAUCAAAAACAGAAAUUCUGGGGAAAAUUCAGAGUGCUCAGAUUUGCCUUCAUUAAUGGAAUUAUCAUCAGAUGAUAAUCAGACCGGAUAUUCAGUGGCAGAGGAUUCAAAGGUGCCCUGCUUCUCCAACCAACUGGAGGAUCCGAAACCUCAAAACAACAUGAUUGAUGAAUUUAAUAAUUCUUCUUCAUUAAUUUCCCAGCCUAACGAAAAUCUAGCCUAUUCGGAUUCUGAUUUGAUGAUGCAAGAUCACUCCUUGUUGAGGCUUUUGCUAGAGGGAAAUGGGGCAAACGUAAAGCAAAAUGGAAAACCCAAAUAUUUACAGGAUACGGGUAUUGGUUCUUCCAUGUUUGGCUAUGGAAUGAGGGCUUAUGAAGAUCAAGAAUUUCCAGUUAUCUCUACUGGGCCAGUGGACAUUGAUUGCCUUUGGAAUUAUUGAAUAUGACGAUGAUGAACUCCAAGAAAAGUUAGAACCAGCAGCAGAUUAGAACAAGAGUAGAGUAUACUGCUACAUUAAGAUAAUUUUAUUUUGUGUAAAGGUUCCUCAGCUCAAAUAUCUAGGAAAUAUUAUUAAAAUUUCCUGUACUUUAUUGAAAUAUAAUUAUUUUACUUAAUUCUCGUUA